AUGUCGAGGGGCGAAUACUCUCGACUGCCGCUGUAUGCGCUCUCCGAACCCACUCCGAACCCGCAAUCACUAUCCGAAGAACCUGGCUCGCCGCGCCAACACUUUGUGGACGAUCCAGCACACUCAGCGCAUCGCUGGCGGCGCAUAUGGUUCUCCGUGCGAUAUAAUGCGCUGCGCCCGCGGACGCUUCUACUGCUGCUCAAGAUAGCAGUGCCAUGCGCGAUACUGCUCGCCCUCAGCACUCUGCUCAUCUGGGAGCCGCAUGUAGAACUCGCAUUUUAUUCGCGCGAUUGGAUACAGAGCGAGAUCGAGCCCGUGCUCCCGCUGGGCGGGUGCUUCAAUGCGGAUCGCAUCUCCCCGCGGUACAACAUCUCCAAGGCUAUCUAUGGUCCCAAGCACACUGAGGUGCACACCGGCAUUCCGACACGGCUCGGGAUGGAUUGUUACGACUUUGCGGGAACGAUAAACGAUGAAGCGGUGGAAGCGGCGCGUGCGCCUGCCAGCGGGGAGGGGGAUACGCGCACAGUGUUCCACACGUACUGGCGCACAGAUCUUGCGAUGUUUGGUCAGCGGCAGGAGUGGUUGCUCAAGUCGUACUUUGCAACACAGGAUUUGACCGCGACGCGUCUCGUUCUGUGGUCAAAUGGAGACCUCACGGGCAACUCUAUACUGAAGAAGUGGUUGAGACGCUACCCGGACGCAUUUGAACUUAGAGUCGUGGACUAUAACGAGCUCGCGACGGACACAGAGUUGGAGGGCAGUUCGUUACUUGAUGCGAAGGACUCACGGGCAUGGAUCGACGGAGACCUUGUCCGGUUGCUCGUUCUAUGGGCAUAUGGAGGCGUAUGGGUGGACAUGGACUCGCUGCUCACGCGGGACCUUGCACCAUUGCUCGAGCACGAGUUUGUCACACAAUGGGACUGCUAUGACAAGGCCUACUUUCCCUUCAACGGCGCGCUCAUGCGCUUCCGACAACACUCACCCUACCUAUGCGAGGCUUUCCACAUCAUGGCCACAUCACAACCUCCCCGAACGGGUUCCACCGACUGGGGCGCACUGCUCUACGUCAAGCUCUGGCGGCGACUCGUCGCUGCGUCAAUCCCGCCGUUCAAGAUCCUGCCGUGGUGCUUUACCGAUGGGCGCUCAUGCCGGCUUGACAACCGUCUACCAGAUGCGUUCGUGGCAGACCCAAAGAAUGGGAAGUGGACGAUGGGGCUCGGGCGCGAGGUGGGCGGCGGGCUCGACAAGGCGCUUAGCCGAGUGUUCUCGGUGCACCUGCACAACCAGUGGGAGAAGGCCUUCCCCGCAGGCGGGUGGGUCGAACGACUGCUUCUGAAGCGUUACGAUGAGAAGCUGGCACUGAAACGGGACUCCGGGGAUCUAUAA